GGAGAGAAAUCGACCCAAUAUGAAACAAGCCUGCAACUAGUCGUAGAAGAGGUAUACCCGGAGAACACGACACGUAGCAGAGAGAAAGAAGGGAAGGGUCUAAUUUUUAUGUUUGUAUGAAGGAUUGAAAGACGAGAUGAGAAAUAAGUUUGGUAUAUGGAAAAACAAGAAAGAAGGGAAAUGUAAUGGAGACUCAUGAUUCUCAUUUAUCACCGGCUGGCUUGGAAGGUGUGCAGGCGAAUGAGAUUGAAGAAUUGUCUCAACCGAAUAUUUCUGGUGUACAAACAGGAGAAACAUCUCAAGUACUGCAGAAUAGUGAUGGAGAAGUUGGAGAUAAAGGGGUUGUAUCUGCAAAUAAGAAGGAAGUAAAAUCAUCACCAACUAAACCACAGGCUAAAACAUCAAAAGAUUUUGAGGUGCUUCCAAGAAAACGCUAUAGUUUCCUUCAUUUAUUUUCUCUUAGAGAUGUCAAUUCUUGCAUUCUGAUAUCCGAGAAUAAACGAGUCAUUUGUUCUGUCAUGAUUUCGUUAUUAGUUGUCCUGUCUUAUGCCCAUCUCCCACUUAGUAUAGCAAGGUCAAAUAGCUUCAUUGCUUCAAGGCCCCUUUACAUAUUGUUGCUAACUGAUUUUACAAUAGUGAUUGCACGAAUAGUUCGCAAGGAAGUAGUUCCUGAUGAAGAAAGGGCCAAAGAUGGAGAACGAGUGAAGGAUUUCGGACAUAAUUGGGAUGGAGCUCUAACCAUAUUGGAAUACGGUUUGGUUCUCUAUCAGACAAUUCGUGCAAUCUUCAUAGACUGCAGUUUUUAUUUGGUCAUUGUCAUAUGUGGUCUGUCUCUCAUAGAGUUCCCAUAGAUAUAGUCUUUGCUAAUUCUUUUGAAUGUGGUGAAGGAGUAGUUCAAGUCUCCAAGAGAAUUUGCUUUUCACCAUUUAUUCACUCACUUUUUGCUUGUAUAAUAUGCCAUGAGACCUCAUGUAUAAUACUCAAAUAGUAUUCUCAA